CACACACACACACACACACACACCGAGAUAGAGAGAGAAAGAGAGAGAGAGAAAGACAGUGAAGACGUAAUGGAGUAAUUCCGCUGCAAUGCUCGUCCUUUUGAUUGCGUUUCACCAAUUCUGCAGCGUGGAGAUGCAAUGAAGGCCUCUAUGUGGGCUUCGUGUUGUGGUUUAUUGAACGAUCUGAUCGGUUCCGGGGCAGUUCGAAGCCAUCAGGCUGGGUUCGGAGGUGGAGCCGGGCCAUUCAGAUUUGCUCCUGGCGCUGGCUACUCUGCCUAUCCUUCAACAAGCUCCACUCAAUCACCAUCAAGCCCUCCUCCACCAAAUGGAGCAGUAUGCAAAGCUUGUGGCCUCGCCUUCUCCGUCUUCAGAAGAAAGCACGUGUGUUCAGACUGUGGGCGGAGCUUCUGUGCGCUGUGUAGCGUGCUGCAGGAGAACCUGCGACGCUGCUGCGUGUGCCACGCCCUGUGGGCGACGGCGUUCGAACGGGCACGCCUCAUGCGUCUGCGAGUGCGCGACCUGCGCCGCUACCUCACACUGCGUGACAUCAGUACCGACGCAUGCACCGAGAAGGAGGAACUCGUCGAGCUUGUGCUGCAACACAUGGGGGUGGAUCUUCAGGAAGAAGAGGAGGAGGACGAGGAGGUGGAGGAGGAGACUGAAGAGGCAAACACUGAAGAACCCCCACCCCCUGCUUUAGCCCUGCCCGUUGAUGCUGCACCCACCACCCCCCAGCAGCCUGCACUGUCUGUCUCUGCCCCUCAGGAAGAAACACACAGCACUAACAACAGCUCAGGAACCAGCCAGGAUUGUGGAGAUGUUGCCUCUGUGUCUCUCCUCCCCCUGGAGAACAAUGAACCUUUACUAGAGUCUAGCCCGGUGACUCAGAGGAGGGCUCGAGCCUCGAUCUCUGAUCUCUCCAGCGAGGAUGACAUCGAGUUGUUAACCGUUCGGCAGCUGAAGGAAAUUCUAGCCAGGAAUUUUGUGAAUUUUUCCGGCUGCUGUGAGAAGUGGGAACUGGUGGAACGCGUCCAGCGUUUAUACCGAGAACACCAACACAACCGCACCUCCUUGGAAAACAUGAACAACAGCAUCACUGCAGUCGUGGCAUAUCCUCCUAUAUGUGAUGGAGGUGCUGGAGGUGUAGCUCCGGCUCCUCUCAGCACUCUGGAUGAAAACGUGUGUCGUAUCUGCAUGGACGCUGUGAUCGACUGCGUCCUGCUUGAGUGUGGUCACAUGAUCACCUGCACCCGAUGUGGCAAGAAAAUGAAUGAGUGUCCCAUCUGCAGGCAGUACGUGGUGCGAGCUGUCCAUGUCUUUAAGUCCUGAACACACGAAAAUACACACACACACACACACACACACAGAUGCACACUAAUAACCUUCAUCUUCCUGACUGAAUCAGCUUCUGAAUUCAUUGAAGGUUACAUCAUGGCUAUAUCCCAAAUUCCUCCUCAAGGGGGCACAUGUCAGACCGGGGUUUGGGUCUGGAUUUAAAAACACAGAGGCUCUGUUUUUCAAAUGCGCUCUUGGUAGCUUCUCACAAGUGUGUAUGACCUGGGUAACCCUGAGUGUGUCACAGCAUGGUGAAGGAAGUGUGUUAAUGGAGCAGGUUCUCACAAUCCUGGUUAUGAUCUAGUGUGGUACAGUGACUGUAAAAAGUAUGGAAAAUACAGGUGUAACGAUACACGUAUUCAUAAGGAAAAUCUUCAGUGCAGGUCUUUUGGUUCGGUACACGUGUACUAAAGUCAGUCCAUUUUACGUGCAGAACAUACUUACAAUCUGAGUUUCCCUCAGGAACGUACCGUAAGUUUUAUUUAUUCUCCGCCUCGCACUUUGGGUGGAUAUUUUUUUUAUUAUUAAACUUGAAAACAUGCACAACAAAACCAGUGGUAUAAAAAAAGAAACUAGAGUUAGCGCAGUGUCACUGUGACUGCUCGCUCUGUACUGGAAAUAAGAUUUGUUUUGCGCAUGCAUAAAAACUCUAAAGAAUCUAUAGCGCUAGUAUUAGAUGCUAACCAGGAAGUGGAUACCUGCUAUUGAUAGCGAUUUGGAUUCUUUAGCGUCUUUAUAUCCAGCUUCAGGAAUUUUUUCUUGAAAGGAGAAAAUCCUGACAGUUCCGCAUUGAAUCAAUUAUACGAGGAAUGAAGACAUUUGUUAAAAUCUGAUAAGCAGAACAGUUUAAGUUGUUCCAAAUUUAUUUGAUUACCCAAUUUAAUCAAUAUAAUACAAAUUUCAUUUAAUAAUUAAAUUCUCUAUUUUAUUUUAAUAAAAUAUUUUAAUAUUAUUAAACCAAGAAGGCAUUUUAUUUAAAAUUGUUUAAAAAAUGUAAUAAAAAAACGCGUUAAUAAAAAACGCUAAGCAAAUUUAUGCAUUUCUUCCCCCAUAACUGUAACGAAAAUUGAACCGAACCGUGAGUUUAAAACAAAGGUACGUACCGAACCGGGAACUUUGUGUACUGUUACACCCCUCAUGGAAACAUCAGGUAUUUUAUGGUUUUUCAGACACGUGCAUGUUCCUUUAGUUUCUAUGCAGCAAACUCUGUAAAAGCCAAAAACACAGAAUGUGACAGUGAAGUCCAAAUGUGAGAUUUUCAUCUCUACCAGAAGAUCUUGUGUGAGAUGGAGAACAGGAGAGAAGAUGUGAUCAGACUCCCUCACCCCCACACUCACACAUGGAGGUGGAAGUUUAUUGGUUUGGGGUUGUUUUGGAGCAGUGAAGGUUCUGGAAAGUGAAAGGAAUUCUGAACCAACACGUCUCCCAUUCCAUACUUCAACACCAACAGUUCCGUCUGGACUGCGGCUCAUUGGAAGUGACUUUAUCGAACAAUUUUACGAUUAUGUUAUUUAGAGAGAAAACAGAGGUCUGGAGUGAUAUCUAUCAUGGAACAACCUGACCAGUCACAGCACCUCAAUCCUACUGAACUGCUCUGGAAUGAACUGGAUCACAAGAAAUUAAUCCAUUUGGUGAAGAGUAUCUGUGACAGGAGGUAAUGGGACUGUAUUCCUCUCAAAAACCAUAAAAGGUGAAGUGUUUCCAAACUUUUCACAGGCACUGCACGUAACUAGCAUGCAAAAUAGCUAGCACUCUGUCGCAAUUCCAUCAGCUGUCUUGUACACUUUAAUGUUUGAGAUGUGCAAUGCUAAGCUCUGAUUUACGCUUAUAAACAGAUUUAUCUUUUGGCAAAAAGAUGUGCUCCUGAAGUCUACAGUGACCUUGACUCGACCUUGCAUCUAACACCCAUUUAUUAGCCGUCUUAUCUACAGCACUCGAGCUGUAAAUCAAAGUAAACAACACCAGGGGACGAGGGGAAGAGAAGUGGACAAGAGCGGAUUAAAAACAGUGUUGGAACACACACUUAGUCUUUCCAUGUGUAUCGUGUGUAUUGAAGGUAUAAGAUGAAAUAGUAACGUGUGAAGGUCCUCCUAGCUGUAGCAGAACUAAAGCCAGCAGUGAUUAGAGGUGCCAAAUGUGUUCACCAUUACAGAUUUCUUGUCUUUAAAACAGUGUUCAUCAUGAGUUUAUUAUUAAACCCAGACAGCUUGGUUUCUGUUAGCUCCUUAACAGACUUCUGAAUAAACUCCUUUCUAAAAUGCAACACCAGACACUUUAGGUUCGUCUUUAGGUUUUGUAAUUCUAUUUUCUACACGUACCAGAUAGUUUUGCUAACACACUUCACUGGCAACCCCUCAUUGUUCUUGUUAAUGUAUUUGACAUUAUUCGCUAACUAGCUUUCUAUAAUUAGCCGACCUGGUCCUAUCACAACCUCGGCUGUACGCUCACAAGCUCGAAGAGAUUUCAUAUUGUAAAGUAUUAAGCUAAAUAUUUUUUUGAUUUAUUACAGUGGCUAGCUGUUUUGGUCAUCUUUUCACUGUUUAUGUUUAGCCACAAAGACUGGUUUGUUGUGUGUAGAAUGCUAGCUGUAUUUUUUUUACGACUCUUUCACCAUGAGGAUGAUUUAUUUUCUCAUAGUAUUGUAUUUAUGUAGGUAACGUUUCCACGUGUUAUUUACUGGCUUCUAUAACAUGUGACACUAUUAGUUAGUUUGGUUUUGUUUGUUUGAUUAGCAAAAAUAUUCUUUUUUUUUUUUCUUUAUAUGAACCCUUUUCAAUGUCUUUUGUCUAUUUACUUUUGCCCUGUAUUUUGUUUUCCUGUAAAACUGACACAAGUACACCGUUGUAUUUGAGUGUUUCUGCACCAACAUAAUAGAAUUUAAUCAAUUCACCAUGUGACCAACACAUCUAUAAAUAGUAACUAAAAUAGUUGUGCAUUACUAUUAGUGGCACCAAAGCCCUAAAUCCCACUCACUAUUCCCAACUCCCUACUCACUAUUCCCAACUCCCUAUUCCCUCCUCACUACUCCCAAUUCCCUCCUCACUAUUCCCUCCUCAAUAUUCCAUAUUCCCAACUCCCCACUCGCUCCUCACUACUCCCUAUUCCCUCCUCACUAUUCCCUCCUCAAUAUUCCAUAUUCCCAACUCCCCACUCGCUCCUCACUACUCCCUAUUCCCUCCUCACUAUUCCCUCCUCAAUAUUCCAUAUUCCCAACUCCCUACUCGCUCCUCACUAUUCCUAUUCUCUCCUCACUAUUCCUUAACUUCCUACUCCCUAUUCCUCCUCACUAUUCCCUACUCCAUAUUCUCCUCACUAUUCCCUACUCACUAUUCCCUAUUCCUCUUCCCUACUCACAAUCCCCUUCUCACUAUUCCUUAUUCCCUCCUCACUAUUUCUUAUUCCCUCCUCACUAUUCCCUAUUCCCUGCUCACUAUUCCUUAUUCCCUACUCACUAUUCCUUAUUCCCUAUUCCCUAUUCCCUGCUCACUAUUCCUUAUUCCCUACUCACUAUUCCCUAUUUCCUCCUCACUAUUUCCUCCUAACUAUUCUCAAUCAUCUGCUCUCACUAUUCCUUAUUCCCUACUCCAUUUUCCUCCUCACGAUUCCCUACACAUACCCCAUUCCAUAUGAACUAUUCUGUACUGCAUAGUCACUAUUCCCUUCUCCCUCCUUAUUAUUUCUGGUGCAGAAGUAGCAUUAUUAUUCCCCCAGAAGUAGCAGAGUGCACUAUCGGCAUUCUGUACCAGGGACUUGAUUGACAGUCCUGAUUUGUUUCUGUCUAGACAGUUAAAUAGAUUUUUUUCAGCAUUUAAUUGAACCCAUUUAAGCCUAAAAAAAACCCUAAAUGACUA